UUCUUCUAAACUUCCUAGAGAUCUUCAAAAUUGGAAAAAAGAGCAUUUUCUUGUUUUAAAACAAACUAUUCAUCAAAUCAUUCCACAUAUAAGACUAUUUCAAAUGACUUCAGUCGAUUAUUGUCAUAAAGUGAGGCCUUACAAACAACUAUUAUCAAAACCAUUACACAAAGAUCUUAUGUGUUAUUACCUUGCCAAUGAUCAACCUAAGUCCGCUGUCAUAUUACCACCAAGGGUUUCACCAAUAAAAAUUGAUUCUGUUAUCAUUGGUCCUCAACACACUGCCUUAAUCUCACAAUGGCUAGAUAAUGAUAAUUCAAUCAAAAUUGGAGUUCAAUAUAAUUUUACUCUACUUUUUCGUGCAAGUCGUGAUUGUUGUUCAUUGAAUGCACUGAUACAACAAUGUUCAGGAAAAGGGCCUGUUAUAAUUGUAUUGAAAUUACGCGAUUCUGGUCAAUUAAUAGGUGGAUAUAAUCCUUUAGGUUGGAAAAAUGUAAAUCUGGGUCUUGGUCAAGGUACAAAAGAUAGCUUUAUCUUCACAUUGGGUGAUGGAAAAUCUCCUUAUGAUGCAAAAAUAGCCAGAAUUGCACCAACUUCAUUAGUCGAUAAAGAUGUUGAUGAUUUGGCUUGGCAUGGUCCAAGGUUUGGUAAGGGUCCUGAUCUCUGGUUGAAGAUGAAUCGUGAUCAAAGUGGUGAAGCUCGUAAAGUUACAUAUGAAAGUAGUAUUUUAGAAAAUGAUGGUCGUUUUCGAUGG